CUUUAUAAUGACAACAGACACCACUUCAGUGGUGAAAUCAAGUAGUAGUAGUAAGCUGGCAACUAACACUUCGAGUGGAAGUCAGCCUAGUAGUAGUAAUAAUAACAGCUCUGUGGGGCAGGGCAGUCCUAGAGUGGAGCAUUCACCACGCCUUGUUGAGGAGAGCUCUGAUGCUGUUAUAUCACCAGUCGGCGCCGCUCAGGAGGCUUGCAGCGGUAGUAUGGCUGCUAAGAAAAGCAUUACGGGCUUGGGGAAUGGGAAGGAACAGAGUAGCGCUUCUAGAGUUGCCCAAGCCCGAGCUGAGGCGGCCAGAAGUAGCAGGUCUAAAGUACGCCAACAACGAGGUGCUAGUACUGGACCGCAACAGCUGUCCUCUACUACUGCUGCUGGUGGUCUACAAGAGAGUUGUGGUACGACGCAGUCGAUGACAAGGACGAGGACUUUGAGCCCGCAAGGAGGAGAUCCGGCAGAGCCAUCUGUGGUGAAACCAACAGUAGAAUCACGCCGAUGGUCGGACAUGACGAGUGAUGAAGAUUCGGAACCGAUAGCGCCGAAACUGCGAAAGUUCGAUCCCCCCAAGCGGUCGUUUUCGAGCGUCGUUACUGGCGGGCUUAUGAAGAAAACAUCUUGUGAAGUGAAUAAGGUUAAUCGUCCUGGAAGUCCUCCAUCACAACAAGGCUCGGCUGUUGCUACUGUUGUUGGGGCUAAGGGCAAAACUACAAGGAUUACAUGCAAGUCGGCUCGUGGGGUAAAAUCGGCGGUGACUGGUGACACUACGAGCACGCCGGUGACACCAGAGGCUACUGCUGCGAUGGAGCAAACGAAAAGUCAGGCACCUGCUGAAACGACUGUGAAAAAUAAAGGUAUUACGAAAAAAGGCGGCGAAAAUAACCCUUCUACACCCACUGUUAUACAGCAACAACAACAAGAAGAAAUCGAAACGACCGUUGGAACGACCGGCAGUCCUAAGGGAAGUGCGGUUCCACCGAGUUCAGCUAGGGGGAGUGCCAGAUUGUCGAGUGGGAAUAAGAAGAGUACGAUGAGCAAGGCAGCUACUGCUGGAUGCAGACGACAGUCGAAGUCUGGCUCUAGAGCUGAGGAGAAGCGAACUGAGAUGGCUACGGUUCCUGAGGACAAUGAGCUUAGUGGUUACGGCGCGGAAAGCAUGGAAACAGCACAUUGGGGAGCAAUGCCUCCUCCAGCUGGGCAGUUUCACCCUUUACCCGGUUUCUACCCUCCGAAUGGUAUGCCUCCUAUGAUGAUGUUCCCGGGGCCUGGUUACCCCAGCGUUCCUAUGUUAACGCCGAUGCUGCCGCAAGGCUAUGGACCACUUAUGGGUAAUCUGCCACCCUAUGAUCACCCUCAUUUCGGACCGGAAGGUGAAAUGAACUCAUCACGUGGAACUCCACAGAAGAAACGCUCGAAAGAGGCUAAUAGGAAACAACAACAACAGCAGUGGAAUGGCGUCUCUCCGAUGCAGGGAGGACUGCCACAGGCUCAUAUGUAUGCGACAUCCAACGGCUACGAUAGUGUAUACGACAUCGCCGAUUCCUCAGGAUACUACGAGCAUUAUACUGGUGCCAAUGGCUAA